GGGCGGCGCGGGGGUGGGGGGCCCCGGCGAGGGCCAGGAGAGGAAGGGCUGCCGGAGGUUUCCCUCCUCCUCCUCCUCGCUCGGGGGAAGCGGCCCUCCCCGUGACAGUCCAUUUCCUGGCCGGAGCGGGCCGCGGGCGGAGGGCGAGACGGGCAGCGGCGGCAGCUGCUCGGCAUGGUCUUCUCGCUGCCGGCCCCCGCCGCUCCUCGCCCGCCGCCUCCUCCUCCUCUUCCGCCUCCGGCCGCCGCUACUGUGUAGCGAUGCUGCAGGGCCGGCGCGGCGCCCGCAGCGGAAGCCGCGAUGGUCUGAGUGCGAAUUGCAGCCGGGCUCUGCCUUCCUGGAAUCAGAGAGCUACACCCUCCUGGGCUGCCCUUUAAGGAGGGGGAAGCCGAAGAGCUUGCCUCCCCCCUCCCCAGCUGUCUGUUUCGUGGCCUGGCAGGAAUUCUUGCCCAUUUGCCCUCCUCCCUCCCUGGGUGUCUGUGGCGGAGGGAAGCCUGGCACCCCCCUAGCUGAAGAAGAGGAAGAAGAAGCCAAGGGGGGGGGCAAGGAGGACACUUCGGGGACCAUGAAGAAGUUUUUUGACUCUCGCCGGGAGCAGGGAGGAUCCGGCGCUGGUUCAGGCACCCUUGGAGGCGGCAGCGGCAGCAGCAGCACAGGGCCUGGCAGCGGAUACGUUGGCCGUGUCUUCAAUGUGGGGAGGCAGCAGGUGACGGUGGAGGAGGUCGUGGCAGAAGGUGGCUUCGCUAUCGUAUUUCUGGUGAAGACCAGCAAUGGGAUGAAAUGUGCCCUCAAACGAAUGUACGUGAACAACGAAUACGACUUGCAAGUUUGCAAACAGGAAAUCCAGAUUAUGAGGGAUCUUGUGGGUCACAAGAACAUUGUCGGGUACAUUGAUUCCACCAUAAACUCAGUCAGCAGUGGAGAUGUGUGGGAAGUCCUAAUCUUGAUGGAUUUUUGCCGAGGAGGCCAAGUAGUGAAUCUGAUGAACCAGCGCUUGCAGACGGGAUUCAUGGAAAACGAAGUCCUGCAAAUCUUUUGCGACACUUGUGAAGCUGUGGCCAGGCUGCAUCAGUUCAAAUCGCCUAUUGUUCACCGGGAUCUGAAGGUGGAGAACGUCUUGUUACACGAUCGUGGCCACUAUGUCCUCUGUGACUUUGGCAGUGCCACCAAUAAAUCACAGAACCCUCAGUUGGAGGGAGUGAACAUAGUGGAGGAAGAAAUUAAGAAGUAUACCACACUCUCGUACAGAGCUCCAGAGAUGGUGAACCUCUACAGCGGCAAACUGAUCACCACAAAAGCGGAUAUCUGGGCCUUGGGCUGUUUGCUCUACAAACUCUGCUAUUUUACUCUGCCAUUUGGAGAGAGCCAAGUGGCCAUUUGCGACGGCAACUUCACCAUUCCUGACAACUCACGCUACACCCAGGAGAUGCACUGCCUAAUCAGGUACAUGCUGGAACCUGAUCCUGACAAGAGGCCAGACAUUUACCAGGUCUCUUACUUUGCAUUCAAGCUGGCCAAGAGGGAAUGUCCUGUCCCCAACACCCAGAAUUCUCCAAUUCCUGCCAAACUUCCAGAGCCUGUGAAAGCUAGCGAAGCUGCUGCUAAGAAAACCCAGCCCAAAGCUAGGCUGACGGAUCCUAUUCCUACAACAGAAACAUCCAUCACGCCACGCCAGAGACCCAAAGCCGGGCAAACUCAACCCAAUCCAGGAAUUCUGCCCAUUCAACCUGCCUUGACUCCCAGGAAGAGGCCUGCGGUCCAGGCUAGCAUCCAGCCACAAGCUCCAGCUCCUCUGGCGGCUGGCCAGUCUCCCCUUCCUGCAGCCAUUCCUCAGCCAAAUUCUCUGCCUCAACCGACCCAGCCCAAGGCCACUGGUGCUGCCCAGCCGGUGGCUGCUGCGGCCACAGCACAAGCCCAGCUCCCUUCAGCCCAGGCCACGCCGCAGCACCAGCUCUUCCUCAAGCAGCCGCAGCCGCCGGCCACGGCUCUCUUUUACCAGCAGCCCCCGCAGAUGACACCCCUGCAGGUACAACAGGCCAGGAUACCACAGGCUGCCCCGACGUCCGGAAAGCCGCAAUUCCCGGUGGUGCCGCAGGGAGCAGUGGCCGCCACGCCGCCGCCACCACAGCUGUUGGCCCAGCAAGCCGCCAUCCAAGCCAAGAUUGUUGCCGGGCAGCAGAAGCCCCCCGCACAGGUCCUGCAGCAACCGCAGGUGCCGCCUUCAGUUGCGCCAGCAGUGCCCAGCCAGGAACCCCCGCAAGCACCUCCAAGACAACAAAAGAUGUCAACCACUCCUCCAUCAGCUAUCCAGGGACAGAAGGUGGGGUCUCUCACACCACCAUCGUCCCCCAAGACUCAGCGAGGUGGCCACCGGCGGAUUCUAAGCGAUGUGACCCACAGCACCGUCUUUGGGGUCCCAGCCAGUAAAUCAACACAACUGCUACAGGCAGCAGCUGCAGAAGCCAGCCUCAAUAAGUCCAAGUCUGCCUCAACUACCCCUUCAGGGUCUCCAAGGACUUCUCAGCAAAAUGUCUACAACCCACCAGACGUCUCUACUUGGAACCCUUUUGAUGAUGACAACUUCUCCAAGCUGACGGCAGAGGAGCUGCUGAAUAAGGAUUUUGCAAAACUAAGCGAUGGUAAACCUCCUGAGAAGCUUGACAGUUCAACGGAGAACCUGAUCCCAGGUUUUCAGGCAGCACCUUCCGCAGCGCAGUUGGACGCCUUCGGCUCUUCUCCUCUUGCACCCAUAUCAGUUGAAAAAACAAAAGAUAUUCUGGAUACCAGCCCUCCACUUCUGGUUGUUGCUGACCCUUUCAUUCCUCUUCCACUGUUAGAUACACCAGGAAAAGCUGACCUCGCUGCCGAGAGCCUCAUCCCUGGCCUGGAGGCUCCUGUGCCCCAGCUCACGUCCUCCCAGGCAGAUUCAGUGGCUUCUAGCAGAGCAGAUUCAAUCACUGUGGAUGACUCCUUGCUUGAUUGCUCUCUGCUUUCUAACCCUGGCACUGAUCUCCUGGAUGAGUUCGCUCCUUUAGCUGUUUCAUCCCAAACUCACAAAGAAGAUACUAACCUGAUAUCAGGCUUUGAUGUCCCUGGGGGCACUGAAAAAGUGACAGAAGAUGAGUUUGACCCCAUCCCUGUGUUAAUAUCCAAAAAUUCACAAGGACUGCAGGGGAAGCCAGCUGCCUAUUUCAUGGUCAGCCCCGAGCAAGAGCGAAGGCCGGGGGCCGCCGGUUCCUUGCUAUCGAAUAAGCCCCAGCCGAGCCAACUCGCAGGAGAAGCCGAUUUCCUCGUGAGGGAUGGUCUCUCCAGCAACAGCUCCUUCCACAGCAGCGAAGGAGAAGGGACCGACCACGAGGGAGACAUCCUGGACUGCAGUGGAUCCAGACCUCUGCUGAUGGACUCGGAGGAGGAAGAGGAGGCUUGUAAAAUGAACCCCCCUCUUCAGGAGAGGGGAGGAGGUUCUCCAAAGGACCUGAACCUCCAACCGGCCCAGAAUGCGCCGGUUCUCUUCAAUGCUUUCCCACAACGAGCUGCGGGAAGGUCCGAAGAAGACACCGAUGUGUUUGCCACGGCCCCUUUCCGAGGCUCUAAAAGCUACUGUGAUGACUUGGACAUUUUCACGAAUGCCCCCUUUCUCUCCAAAAGCCAGGGGUUCUCUCAGCAGCUGGACGAAGGCGACGUGUUCCUUAAAGCUCCAUUCACCAAGAAGAAAAGCCAGGAGGAGCUGGCGGCACAACCUCCUGCCACUGGACCAUUCCUGGGCGCAUCUGGAGUUGCUCAAUACGCAUGUGCCCCUACCUUCCAGAACCUGGAUGUGGGAACCCAUGGCUCCCUCCUUCCCCAGGGUCAGUAUUCGGGAGCCUCAUCGGUUAAGCCCUCCAGAGCAAGUGAUGGCCCAGAGGCCCACCCUCCCAAAGGCGCUUCUGGAGAACUCGGCCCCGUUGCCAACGACACACUCCAAAGACACGUGGGCCUCCAGGAAGGCUUCUUGGGAUCACAGACCAGCCCACCUUUCCACCCACAGUCCUUAGCUAAAUACUCCCGACACUACAGCCCAGAAGGCAGGCCACGAGCCAGUGCUGAACCCAUAGCGGCUUACAAAGUCGUAUCUCAGACUAACAGGCAGGUGAUCGCUGGGUCAGUUUCUAUCGCCUCUCUUUCCUCGAGGACUAAAGAACUUCCCGCUACUGACCCAUUUUCUUCUGCCCCCUUUCCUUCCAAACUGGGGAAGCAGAAGCCCUAAAUGGUUUCUCUGGUGGCUUCCUUCCAGCAUGUGGCUUCUGAUCGGACUGGUAUCUUCUUCUUAAGAACGUGCAAAGGGACUCCAUGAAAUGGAACACACCCUCUCUAUUUCAACCAUCAUGCUCAACACUCUUGCUGUGGUGGGACCUUCCUGGCUCCUAGGAAGUCUUCUCCUCAGAGCCCCAUGGAGGCUUUUGGGUUGGUUCUGCAGCCACUAUCAGCUGACCAACACAUUUUCCAGUCUAAAACUGUUUGGGUAAAUAUUUAUUCUUAAGCCAGUAAUCCCGCAGGCGAUCUAGUAGAUAGGACCUGUUCUACCUUGAUUGAAGGUUCACGGAACAUCUCCACAUCGUGUCAAAUGCGUCUGUACCAGGAAAAGAAACGAUAACCAAAUGGAAGAUUAUUUAUUUUGUUUUCUUUGGCCUACCAAGAAGCCAGGAGGACUCUACUUCUUCCUACUAUUUCUGGAGUAAAUUCUCCAUUGGAAACCGGAGUCGUCUUCUUCAAUGUGCAUUUUCAGUUCUUUUUAUCUGAAUUGAAUACCUAUCCUGAGCCAUGUUCUAUCUAGGCGAACGUUGGCUGGGAUUUAGUCUUACCCGACAGUAUAACAGACAGUUGUGCAGGCUACAGACCGUUUCUGUUAUUUGCUGUUCUUUGCAUAAGCCUGGGAAGGCUGGUAGUUUAAAAGAGGUUUUGCUGGCUUUUUAAAGGGGAGUUUUUGUAACUUUUGUAAAGCUUCCCCAUCAUUUGCUCUCUCCCCCCCCUUUUUUUUGUGCAAAACCAGUUUUUUCCUUCCUAUGAGAGAUCAUCCAAAAAAUUGUUAAGGGAAAAUUCCUACGUCCUUGGCUUUGAACUCCACUUUCUCCCGGGCUGAAUUUUCUAGCUUUAUACUUCCAAAGCCACCUGUUUUUCCCCUCCUUUUGCCACCGAACCCCUGAAUUUGCUGUCCCCCCUGGAUCUGAAAAAGUGCUUUACCCAGCAGUCACGGCUUCCAACGCUGCAGAAUGAAAGCAAGCAGCCUUUCCUUGUGUUUAACCCUUGAGGAAUGAUGCACUUUUUCUGAGCCUUUGCAAACCACGAGAUAAGCCUUGUUCCACUUUCUCUGCCUCCUCUCCUCUGCCCCCCAUUCGUGGAUAGGGUAGGAAAGGAAAAUCAGACAUCCCUCUUCCCUAUGUUCGUUCAUGUGUAACUCUGCCCCCCAAAUUGGUGCACUUGGUCUGAGCGUGCCCCUUCGCACUCCUGAAUGUGAUAAUUCAGACCUUUCUAUCUUUCUAUGGGUUUGUUCUGUCCUGGCGGAAGGGCAGGGGAGUUGCGAGUAAGAGGGCACAUUGGGGGUGGGUCCUCUUUGAUACUAGCUUCUCUCAAAUGUAUACCCUCCACCUGAGCUAGAUUUCAAAUUUCAUAAUCUCCACCCUACCUGGCUCACCCCAAUUAGGUUGCACCUGUUCGAUACACACGAUUGAGCUCAUUUGCAACUUUGGGUGCAGUUACAUCUCUUGGAUGUUCAGAGUCGAUCCUUGUUUUUUGUUUGGCACUGGACAGAUGACCAAUGAAAUGCUUCCCCCCUGAGUGAUUUUUUUAAGGUGUUCAAUCAGCUAACUAUGCAGGAUGGAUCUCUCCCUUCUGCAAAAUGUCUCUAACAGCAUUUGAAAGUGGAAAUCUGGUUCUCUAAAAAAGACUAUAUCGACUGUUUGAAUCCUUGCUAGGACAAUCUCCGCGUCUAGCCAGAAGAACCGAGAAUGGGAUCUGUUCUUGAACGGACUCGUGCUGGGGAAAUUCAUUUGCUGGCCACAGGUUGACUUUCGGCUAUAAAGACUGCUGCCAUGUGCCUUUUCUGGGGGAAAAAACAUACGUUGUUGCGUAUUUGUUGAACUGACACAGCAAGAUACUCAUAUUUUUACCUCUUGGAAAUUUAUCAAAGAUCCCGUUUGUAUUUUUCUUGAGAUUUGAACCUAUUCGCAGUGGGGGGGGGGAGUAUAUUCCCUUGAUGUCUCCUUUUUGAAGGGAAAGGGGGAAACACACUUUCUACCAUUCUCCCAUGCUGUGUUGCUGCAUUUAUUUGAUAAGGAAGUGGCAUGACCUGAAUCGUGGAAAAUAACAGUUCUCCAAUUUUGUUGAGACUCUUUAUAAAAGACACUAAAGCUCUCAAUGUUUUGGAUAAGUGACGUUGAAGUUUGGAUUUUCUACCUUCCUUCCUCUGCUCUGCCGGUAAAAGUUGCACUUUUUAGAAUACGAUCCGAUUUAAUAGGAGAAUAAAAUGUUUCUUUCGAUCACGAGUAUUAAAAGAAUGAGAGCAGAAACUGGGGGAAGGGAUACAAGAUCAUUUAGAUCAGGGGUGUCCAAACUUGGGAACUUUAAGACUUAUGGACUUCAACUCCCAGAAUUCCCCAUCCAAUUCUAGGUGUUGAAGUCCGCAAGUCUUAAAGUUCCCAAGUUUGGACACCCCUGAUUUAGAAGCUAAAACAAAAUGUCUCCUAAAGCAGUGCCCACCCCCCAGCCUUCCUGGCUUUGUGGACUGGGGGGGGGGACGGACAGGGGAAGAGAGGAAAUGGUUCUGUGCCGGCAACAGGCACACACACUCCCAGAUCUAUUUCUGUUUCGUGCCCACCGCUCACACAAAUGGAGCUUCACACGUGUGUUUGUUUGAGUGCCCACCAUUUGCACAAAUAGAGCUGGGUGCUUGAAUUGUGUGCCUGCUGCUUGCCCAGCCUGGUUCCGAAUGGGCUGCAGCCUCAGGGGUUUGGGGACCCCUGUCCUAAAAGGGACAGUUUUUAAUUCAGUCUUCCCAAGAUUCUCAUUUUGGCUGCGGGGCUCUGCGUCUUUUGAUGCCUUCUCUUUAAACAGAGUCACAAGAUAUUGUGGUUUGUCUUUUUAGGAAAUGGAUGCUGGAUAUGAUUUUGGGAUGAAUUAAAGCAUCUCAUCUGGCAUUACCUGCUGACACAUUCCUGUGCUGUAAAAAAACAGGAGGUUGGUUGUAGGUUGGGCCAACAUCACGAUGGGGCUCACAAUAGCUCUUGGCCAGGACUUCCCUCCUUGUGCACCUACCUCAUGUCUUAAGCAGGUGCUGGAGUGUUGUUGUUGUUUUCUGGUUGUAGUUUGCUUUAUUUUUAAGUCCAGUUUUUUUUCCUGCAGAAUUUGCAGUAUCCGUUAGAAUUUAAACAGAAAGAAAUUUGAUGGUUCAGAAAUUUGGAUCUCUUUUGGAAGAGGGGAAGGUAAUUCCCAAAGCAUGGAUGCAAACUUUUGCACCUCUGCUUCUGAAAACUGAAUAAGCACUGCCCUGCUUAUUUGUCGUCUCCAAUUAAGUUAAAUAUUAUUUGGUGUGGUUUGAGAGGGUGCCCAACACAUUGGGAAGGUCCAACCUUCAGAAGCCACAUUGCUCUUAGGAACAUUCCCCAUGCCCUACAGAGAAAGGUAUAAUUUUAUGCCAGAAUAUCCAUCGUGAAAAAAUUAGGAAAUGCAAAGAGGUAAUCUAUGUAAGAUGACACCAUGGGAUGAUCACAAUCUUUCCCACCUGGUGUUUUCCAGAUGUUUUGGUCUUUUGGCCAGGCUAGGAGAUUGAAUGAAUAUGGACUGCAUUUGGAAGGGGUUUAUUUGAGGAAAUCACCUGUGAUCUGUGUUCAAUUGUGGACAAAUGUCCAGUUUUGAAUUUUCCCUUGUCCCUGUGUUUCAUCAGGUAUCUAUACAAAUUUAGCCACCUGAUUAUGGUUCUUGAAGACAAUGGGAAUUUUUUUUUCAUUUUACAUGGGUGACCAAUAGACCCUCCAGAAUCUGAUUCUGGUGUUUACAUCACUGUUACAAUCAGUUAACUCAGUUGCUACUAGUUUUAGUUGGGUGCUUUGAAAAUCAUUGCAGAAAUCACUCCCCGAAGAAAAUACUUUUGAAUGGGCUAGUAUUCUUAAUAUUAAUAUUAUUAUUGUAGUAGUAGUAAUAGUUUAAAAGUUCUACGAAGGUUCUCGUGGGACAGAUGGUACUUGAAUAGCAGUUCAGAGUUCUCACGCACGGUGGCUUAACACAACUUAAAGCUGCCAUAGUUGUGAAACACAGCUGUAGAAUACAGAAUCCAAAACUCUGCAAUCUUCCAUCUUACUGAAUUAGUCCUUGGAGUGCAGGUAUUCCUCUGUUCAGAUCAGUGUGUGAGAACACAGCACAUGUAGACCUUAACAGACUUCUUGUAUUUAUUUCGCAUUUUUAAGCAUUCCCUUCCUAUCAGCCCCCAUCUGUCUUAAUCUUGAUGGGAAUGGAAAGAGGUAGUCUUAACUUAAAAAGCAGCAACCUCAAACUCUCUACUUCCAAUUCCAGGAGAAUACAAAUAUGAGCCAAAUAAUGCAAUGUUGAAAAAUGCAAUAUUCUUCUCCUGUAUUGAUAUAGUAAUCCCUUUGGGCUUGGUGUUUGUAUGCAUGUGUGGGCUACUAUUUCUUACUGUUUAUUUUGGGAGAUUUGAAUUCAUUGCUGCAUAAUAUUGAUGAACAUAAUAUUGAUGUCUAAAUUUUGGGGAAUAUUCUGCUAACUGUUCCUGAAAUUUAGAGUUCCAGUAGGACUCUUGAAAGACUCGUGCGAGGCCCGUCAUUCCUGGUGGAGACACAUGGACAGAAGGUGGCAAAAAUCUGACAUGUGUCCAGCCUUUUGGUCAGGUGCAAAAUAUUAAACACUGGGAAACGUUUCACCUCGUUUGUAUUUUUUUUAAACAGCAGCUGAAGGUUGUGGCAAGGAAAGGUGGCUGUGGUUUGGGAAUACAAGUGAAGUAGAUGUACAAGCACACGUACCACACUACAUUGCCUCCACACACACACAAACCACCGUUCCUUUUGGAGCAGGGGUCUCCAACCUUGGCAACUUUAAGCCUGUUGGAUGUCAAUUCCCAGAAUUCCCCAGCCAACUUUGCUAGGAAGCAGCUUUGCUGGCUAGGGAUUUCAGGGAGUUGACGUCCGCCAGGCUUAAAGUUGCCAAGUUUGGAGACCCCAGUUUUGGAGUAGUCUUCCUUUUGUACCAAGAAGACCAGAGAAGUUGCAUUGCGGAAAUGGGUUGACAGGCAGGAUCUUGGCCCGCAAAGCAGGAUUGGCACCUUUCACCUCCCUGCACACCACAUUUAAAUUUAAAUUCUUUUUAAAUUUUGGCUUGCCCAUCGGUUCUUCUAAGAGGAGCUGACCUACGGGGCUAACCAGCUGGGUCUUGAGCCGUGUGGCAAAACAGGGAAGGCUUGGGCACGGCCCCUUCCUUUUUGUUCCCCCAUUAGAACAGGGUCUCCCAACUUGGAGGACUUGUGGACUUCAACUCCCAGAAUUCCUCAGCCAGUCCACAAGUCUUCAAAGUCGCCAAGUUUGGAGCGGCUGCACUAGAAGAACUCCGUCCCAGAAGAUUUGACUGGCAAGGGCUUCCUCUAAUCUUUCACAGGAACUGGAAGGGUCUUUUGGGAAAGCCCAGUUGAAUUUGGAUAGUGGGGAACGAUGGAGGCUUUUGAAAGAAUCCGACUUCUGGAGGACCAAUAGCGGUCAGCAAACGUUGGGAUGACAAUCAGUGGGCGAUACCUAGGAACUCAUUUCCUUUUGUAAUGUAAGCAUUUUGUAUUCACUGAAGCGCUCAAACAAAAUAAAAGUUGAAGACGUUGACAAAAGCUCA